AUGGUGGGCGUUUGCAAGAAGCCUGCGAGCGCGCCGCUGCAGCCUCUGCCUGGCUACGCGGGGACCCACUUGACCAACUGGGUAUGCGGGGGCAACCCCACAUGGUUCCGCAACGCGCCCGCGCUCGUCGUUGCUCUGAACGGGGUGUCCGACAUUACGCAUGGGAUAAAGCGGUGCCAGCACUACCGUUACCGCACCAUGUACAUGUGCAACUUAUACGCGGCGGCGCACGGCCACGUCAACACCUGCGGGGUUUCCGACUUGCGGGGCGGCAUUCUCUUCGUCUCGGCGGGGCGAGCGUUCGCGUUGAAGUUCUUGGAGUAUCAUGGGUGUCUGCUGUUUCGCGGCUUCCCGCCGUCAUGGAGCGCGUCCUGGUCAUGCAAGCAGCAGCUCAACGACGCCAUGUGCAUGCAGGAGUUCGAGCCCAUUGGGCAGCACCUGAACAUCGCCAUCGGCGGAGACUUGUGCGACGGCGUGCUCGCGAAGCACAUCGCACACUUCCACGAGAGCGUGAUGUGGGAAGACACGCACACGCACGGCUUGUUCAUGGUCGUCGACCCAGCCUCGCAGGACAUCGUGGCCGUUAGCGAGCAGGUCCAGCCCGAGAACAACGAGGUGUUGAACAAAGCGCUGGACAUGGUGCUGCCGCUCUACCCCCGCUGCAACGCGCUGAUCAUGGACCGCGCGUGCUCCUUCAUGCCGAGCGCGCAGAAGCGCUGCGACUUCGACCAGCUGAAGUACUGCAGCGUGGAUAAAUUCCACGCGCGCGGGCACGCGGCGACCUGUCCGUGCAACCCUCUGAAGGCGUUGCGGCUGAAGAGGCGAGUGAACACGAUCAACACAGCAGCCGCGGAACAGCUCUUCUCGUGGUUCCGCGUGUACGCGAGGACGUUGAACGAGAUGCGGAGGUCUCGUCACAAAUUCAGUGCGAUGUACUUCUGCCGCAAACGCAAUGAGCUCGUGGACGCGCGCGGCACCGACCACUUGAAGAAGCACAAGCUCAUUGCUCCAAAGAAACAGAAGAAAGGAAAGUACCCGUGUUCCCCGAAGAUCGCGAAGAAGCCCGCGGUGAUGAAGAAGGCCCGCAAGCGCUGA